CCAAGAUGGCGGAGUGRAAAAUGGCGACGUCCAUGAUGAGUGCUUUACAGCUACAGCUCUGAGGCCUUCAAGUCUUGAAAACAUGUGGGCGAUUGUAAAGAAGACUUGUGCAGAAGACAGUGCGUGGAAGCUGAAGUCCGUUCAAAGUAGAAGAGGAUGGAAAACCAUUCGUCUCUUCGUGUCUUCUACUUUUAAAGACUUUCAUGCCGAAAGAGAAGUGUUAGUCAAAGAGGUUUUUCCUGAUCUGCGUCUCUGGUGUGAAGAAAGAAAACUUCAUCUUGUUGAGUGUGAUCUUCGAUGGGGUGUCCCUAAAGAUUCGACGACAGAGGAAACAGUACGAAUCURUCUGGAAGAGAUAGAUCGUUGCUACAGGGAUAAUGUUAUGCCAUAUUUUUUGAACCUAACUUGUAAUCGCUCUGGCUGGAUUCCAGACUUUGGAGACUUGACUUAUAAUCUUGGGGUGCUCUAUGGAUGGGUGUACGGUCUGUCGUUAACUGAGAUGGAGAUAGUACAUGGUGCAUUUCGCAGAUGUAAUCCUAAUGCUCUUUUUAUGAUUAGAGAUGCUAAAUUUUGCGAUGUCUUACCCGAGGAAGUCAAAUGUGCUUUUGUGGAUGAACUGAACAAAACAGAAAUAUUAAAAAAUGUUUUGAAAGAAAAAUUUCCAUCUCAAAAUAUUGCACAUUAUGAAGUGGAAUGCGAGCCAAGCAGUUUAGCAAAAGUGGAAAAAACUAACGAUGAGAGGGAUUUGAAACUGAAGGGUCUGAGUGGAAGUGAUUCAGUAUUUUACAAAACUGUUUUCAACUUUUUCAAGGAUCGUAUUGCCUAUCAAUACCCCCUUGACCCGACUCCUGAAGAUCCUCUCGAAGCGCAGAGAAGUGCCCAUGAGUCAUUUGUAGAUACACGCUCUGAAGUUGUUUUAGGAAGAGACAAGAUCAUAGCUGAUAUUGAAAGCUACAUUGAAACAGACACUACUCAAGCUCCCCUGUUACUAGUGGGAAAUGCUGGCUCAGGGAAAUCAGCAAUUAUGGCACGUAUCGCAAGUAACACUUUAAGAAACGGAGCAAACAAAARACUCAGAUGCCCAAUACCUACAGAAGGUUGGAAAGUAUUCUUCCACUUUGUUGGAGCAACUCCUGGCUCCACAGAUCUUGCAUUCUUCCUUCAAAGAUUAACAAGAGAAUUGGGAACAUCAAAGAAAGAUGUAGUGAGUGAUUUGGACUCCUUGAUGCAGAUGGCUAAUAGUCUUUUGUCAAAUGCCAACACCAAACCAGCUAUUAUAAUAGUAGAUGCUAUAAACCAGCUUGAUGAAGACAAAAUCCAUUAUUUAACCCGCUGGUUGCCCGAGACAUUAUCCCCCAAUGUUAGAGUCAUCAUGUCAAUGAUUGAUCACACAGAAUGUCACAGGAUCCUGAGGGCGUACAAAUCAGGACCCAAAGAAAUACUCUGUGGAGAGCUGGAUUAUGCAUCAAGACAGGCAAUUGUAGAAAAUAUCCUUAAAAUUUACAACAAACGCCUGGAUGAACACCAGAUGGAACUCUUCCUCAAAAAAGAAGGUUCUUCCAACCCAUUGUGGUUAACCCUGGCCUGUGAGGAGCUGAGAGUGUUUGGACACUUUAACCAGAUGGAUGAGAAGAUUAUGAGUCUGGAGGAUGAUCUUAUCAGUCUCGAGGAGCAGUUGUUGAUGCGCUUUGAAAAGGAAAAUGGGGGACCUGUGGUUAUUGCCACCAUGUAUUUGCUGGAAACGUCACGUCAUGGUCUCCUAGAGACAGAGAUUUUACAAAUGUUGGCCGAAGAACAAAAUCUUGUUCCUCCCAAAUACGAUGAAAAAGUAUCUUUAGAAGAGUCGGCUCAAAUGAAUGGUGUUAGUGCGCCAAUAGACUUCGAUAUAGAGAACGAGGGAGAAGCUGUUGCCUCCAAACUCCAGAAAGCGGUUGAUGAGACUUAUGUAGUGAAGAAGGAUGAGGACGAGGAAAAGGGAAAGAAGAAAACAACAAAGAARAAAACCAAGAAGUUUCUUUCAGCAGCAAAGUGGGCCCUAGUCUACCGAGCCUUGAAGCCGCUUCUCCGUCCGUGUGGAGACUUGGGCGAGGGUCGGUUGGAUUUCUAUCAUCGCUCUAUUAGUAAAGCUGUGAGAAGAAGAUAUUUCAGUGGCGCUGAGGGCUACGUCAAGCACCAGUACGCAUUCUGGCAUGGAAGACAUGCAGAGUUUUUUGAAAGUUGCGAUGACUACGACAGAAAAUCAGAGCGAUUAUACUCCGAAGACUUCAGUAUUGAUUUACUGAGUUCAUGGCAGAAGGCUGGAGGUUACGCUGCAGCUUCUCUGCUCUACAAAGAAUCAUUGGAUGUUCUCAAGACUGCUGAAGUACCUCUGGAAGAAUAUUCCAAGAAGAUGGAAAUGGUUAUCAACUUCCUCAUUCAAGCAGGUCAGUACGAGGAAUCAUUCAAGCUUCUUCAAGAACUCCUUGAAAUCGAGGAAAAAAACCUAGGAGCGAGAACAGACAAAAUGGCUGACAUCUAUCAUCUAAUGACAAAAACGAAAAGCGAGAUCGUUAAGAACCACAAUUUUGUGACAAUGGAUCAGCUAGAAGAAGAUAAAGAAACUGUGGCACUGGCGAGGAAGUCGCUCGCUUAUCGAGAAAAGCUAGAGGGCGAGGAUAAUGAGCACAAAAAAGCAUUAAUAGGAAUACUCAUUGCUCAUCAUCUUGGCAUUGUAGCGGAUUUAGAGAGAGAUAAAGGUGAACAGCAUAGAAAAGAUUGCUUCAAGAUUAUCGACGAAUCAAUAGCCAUCUUUCAAAAUCAAGGAGACUACGGUCAUUUGGCCGAGGCUAUUAUGACCAAGUCCUUUAUAAACCCAAGACACUCCAAGUACUUUAAAGAAAAAGAGCAGAUGUUAAGACAGGCUUUCGACUUGUGCACCAAAGCCUAUGGUACCAAACACAUGUUGGUUCUUCGUUUGUAUUUGAACAUUGGAAUCCUGUACGAGGAUAAUAGAGACUUUCAGAAGGCUUAUGAUUAUUUUGUCAAGUGGAACAAAGUUUGUAUGGAGGUUCUUGGCCCAGCCCACCCCAAAACCAAACGUUCACAGGACACUCUUGAGGAGCAGAUGUACAAGCGUAUCAAAGAGCAAAGGGAACGACAAGCAGCUGGAACAGCUUGAAUCCAUUCCCUGUAAUCAAUAUUAAUAAUAUUCCAAUCAAUCAGUUAUUUUGAACUGCGAUCCAUUCUUGAGUUCCCUGCGUACAGAAGUGUAUCCAAGUUCAGGUUAUUUUCGAGGGACCACUUUUUAAAGAAAUAGUGUAAAAUCACUACCUAAGCCAUUUGACAAGUGCAUAAGUUGUUAUAUUGAUGGGUUGCAAGCAUUCCCAAGAGAGUUAAAAGACAAAAACAUGGCGGCCAUUGUGGUGCUGUUAACAAUGAAUGCUAAUGAGAAAUCUUUUGUUAAAUGGCACCAACAUGGCCGCGAUGACGUAACGUGCAAUCGAAGAAUAAAGCAUUGGAGCUCAAUGUAUGAAAUAUUUUCAGUUUAGGGAUACUAAAUUUAUUAAAUGAAAUUUGAAAUAUUUUAUUAACCUAAGGCAAUUCUGAAAUUUAGUUGACCUUGAAUUUUAUAAAUUCGUAAGAAUAAAAGAUAUGUGGUCUUUCACGCUUAAAUAUUCUAGGUUGGAAAUAUAUAUAUGUAUAAUUUUUUUGCCAGGCAGUUCUUGUAGAUUUAUAUAAUCAUAAACUGCUAGCAAAUUUAUACAACAAUAUAUAAUGCAUAUAUAUUAACAUUACACUAAUAUUAUUUUCAUUGAAUAAAAAAUAAAGGACUA